UGGAUUAUUAUGGGUUCGCUGGGACCCGCAAGGAUUUUUAUCUUCUCUGCAUUCAGUCUCCCUCGACACGGCCCUCUCCGGAACUCCCUCACUCUCUCCCGCCCGUUAUCGACAGCACUGUGAAGAACGAGGCGAACCCUGCGCCGAGGGAAGACGACGACGAGCUCGAAGAAGGAGUGAUCGUCGAUGACCAAGAUUCCGUGUUGGCGAAGCCGCCAAAAGGAGUAGCGCUGCAGUCGCAUUCCUGGACCUUCUGGUUCGAUUACCCGGCCACCAAGUUCAAGCAGGAGGAUUUUGUGAACUUUUGAAUAACCCUCCAAGUCCAAGUCCAAAUGGGCACGGUUUCAAUUUCCGCAUUGUCGGGUCUAAAUUCAAUUUCCAUCUCCAGAGAUUACAACCCGUUUGCAAUUUUUAAUAAAGCCGGUGUCUUGACAGCGUGUAGUACAAGGAGUGGAAGCUUUAGGUUCCAUGGCGCUCAGAGGCACUCGAAGCUGAGGACUUUUUUGGUCGGGUCGUUGGGCCCGAAUGCUUCGUUUCGGACCCAGGUGGGAACUUGGGAAGCACCCGACGAUGGCAGCGGCAGCGAAGACGAGGAGGAUGAAGAAGAAGAAGAAGAAUUGGGUUUCCAAAGUGAAUGGGAGGAAGAAGAGGGAAAAGGUGUUCCAGCUACUGCUACUGAUGCUGCUGCUGUUGCUGUUGAUAAGUCCACAACAAACAAGUAUGAAGAGGAUCUUGUAAAAGAAGUUGAACAGCUCUUGGGGCAAGAAGAAAUAGCAAUUUUGCAAAAGCAUGCAGCUCCCAACAUCAGGAAAAUAUCAACGGAAAAAUGGAACCCGAUACAUACUCUUGCACUGUCAGGGAUGGUCACUUUCAUGGACAAGCUACUAGAAGAUGGUUUAGAUAUUGACAUUGUUGAUAAGGAUGGUACAACUGCUCUUCAUACUGCAAUCAUAGCCAAAAAGGAAGCUGUAAUUAGUCAUCUGCUAAGAAAAGGUGCAAGUCCUCAUGUCAGAGACAGGGAUGGUGCUACGCCGCUUCAUUAUGCGGUACAUGUAGGCACCAAGCGGAUUGUCAAGUUAUUGAUCAAAUAUAAAGUUGAUGUCAAUAUUGCAGAUAAUGAUGGAUGGACUCCAUUGCAUGUUGCUGUUCAAAGUAGAAACAGAGACAUUGUGAAAAUUUUGUUAGUCAAUGGUGCAGAUAAGAGCAGAAGAAAUAAGGAUGGCAGAACUCCGCUAGAUCUGGGUUUAUGUUAUGGGAAAGAUUUCAAGUCCUAUGACCUCACCAAGCUACUGAAGACGGUGCCAAUGGAGUUUUAGAAGUCUAUGUUCCGACUUCAUCUCCUUGCAUGGAUGGAAUAUUUAAGGACGGAGACGGGGAGUAUCUGAAGAAGCAAAUUAGUUGGAUGAAGGAUAAACAGAGGCAUGUAUGUAUUUCACUGUAGGGUGUAGAGGUAAUGGAUGCAUCCUGGAUGAGCUGUUUUGCAUCCCAUGAUUUCAAGGUUGGUCUGUUGUAUAAGGGUACAGGAGCCGUUGGAUAGAUGACUUCCUGGAUUUUGUUAGGGGAAAGGUUCUUAAAUUUAUUUUCUUAAGUUUGUUGGUAAAUCAAAAUAUGAGUGUAAGUGAGGAGGAUGGACAUGGAACGAGUUGACUGUCA